GGCGGACCGUAUCUGUCGGACGCUGCUCUGCGUCACUUCCUCCCCACGUGAAGCUCUCCGGACAUGUGAGCAGGAGAGAAGCUUCACUUCCAGACCUUCAUACUCUCCUCUUUAUAUCCUCCUCUUCAUACUCUCCUCUUCAUAUUCUCCUCUUUAUAUUCUCACCUUAUGAUCAUCGAUCGCAGCAGCAUGGAGUCCGCAGAGGAGGAGGAGGAGGAGGUGCUCGGUCAGUCCGAGGAGGAAAACAGCGAAUUAUCAGACAAUGAGCUUCAAGUAGCCUUUGCUAAAGGGUUGUUGAAACCAGGGAUGAACGUUCUGGUGGCUAAACCCAAGAAGAUUGUCAACAAUACGGAGGGUUUGAAAGGCUGCCUCGCUGACUUCCGUAAAGAGCUUCCCUGGGCGGAGCGGCUGGAUCUGACCAACCCGCCGGCUGAAGACAUUAUUUCCAAGGCUGAAGGGAAAGUUCCUAAUGCGGCCAACGGAGACAUCAACGCAGACGACGAUUUCCAGAGGGAGAUGUUCUUCUACCGUCAAGCUCAAGCUACAGUCCUUGAGGCGUUGCCGCUUUUAAAAAAGCACAACAUAUUCACCAAGAGGCCGGAGGAUUACUUUGCAGAGAUGGCCAAGUCGGAUCAGCACAUGCAGAAGAUCAGGAAAAAGCUCAUUUCCAAGCAGAUGAUAAUCGAGAAGUCAGAGAAGGCCAAGAAACUGCGUGAGCAAAGGAAGUUUGGCAAAAAGGUCCAAGUUGAAGUGAUCCAGAAGAGGCAGAAAGAGAAGAAGGCCAUGAUGUCCGCUGUAAAGAAGUACCAGAAAGGAAUGACCGACAAGCUGGAUUUCUUGGAAGGAGACCAGAAGCCCGGUAAAGACGCAGCUCAGGGCGCAAAGAAAGCAAUGAACAAGAAGGGCCCCAACGCCAAGAGGAAGUUCAAGGACCAAAAGUUUGGCUUUGGGGGCAAGAAGAGUGGAAAGAAGUGGAACACCAAAGAGAGCUUCAACGACGUGUCCAGUUUCCGCGCCAAGGUGGCGAACGCAAAGGCCGGCAAGGGAGGGAAGAAAGGCAAAGUUGGAAAACAAAAUAAGCGCCCGGGUAAGGCCGCACGUAAGAAGAUGAAGUCUCGUUAGUAAGAAAUGUGUUCGGUUGACAGACUGGACUAAGACUUGCUUCGAGGCAGGAUUUCUCUCGUGUCUCCUCAGUUCACCUCAGGAGACGUGAAGGGGAAACCUCCUACAUCUGUUGUAUAAUAUGUGUUCUGUAUAAACGAGUCUGGAUUAAUAUGGAGGACCCUAUAAACCGUGUUCGAGACGUCAGAGGAAGCUUCAGAAAACAUCCUGCUGGUGAAGAAAGGACGUGAUCGGACCGCAUCAAGUUUCCCAAAACAAAGUUAUUUGCCCACGUUCAGUUUCCAGGAUGCUUGUGAAGAAUUUUGAAUGAGAAGAAAUUGUCAUAAACAAGUUUUUAUCA